CAAGCCGGGCCUUCAUUUCUGUCUCUGCUCCAAUCCACUCUCCUCCGUUUGCCUGAUCCGAUCCCCUCACCUCCGUCCCUGCUUCCUCCCGGCGACCACCGCCCGCCGCGCGAUGGGCGGCGCCGCCGUCUCCAGCCUGCUUGCCACCCCAACACCGACCUCUCGACCUCGACCCGUCUCCACCACCACCGCCCCCUUCUCCGUCAACCUCUCCACCGCAGCUGCCCGCGCACCUCGCCUCCUCCUCCUCUCGCGCCGCCCUCGCCCUCGCCCCGCCGCCGCGGUUCUCGGGGUGUCUGAUGAUACAGGGGUCAAGAUGGCUGGCUCCGACAUUGUUGGCAAGAACGAUUUGCUGAUUGUUGGCCCUGGAGUGCUUGGUCGACUGGUAGCUGAGAAAUGGCAGGAGGAACAUCCAGGAUGCAAAGUUUUUGGCCAGACCGCAAGCACAGAUCACCACAACGAAUUGUCGAAUAUUGGCAUCAUUCCCUCCUUGAAGGGAUCCACUUUUCCUCAGAAGGUUCCAUAUGUUAUUUUCUGUGCUCCCCCAUCUCGUUCGGAUGAUUACCCUGGGGAUGUGAGAGUAGCUGCCUCAAAUUGGACUGGUGAAGGCUCUUUCGUUUUUACAUCAAGUACUGCUCUGUACGAUUGUAGUGACAACGAAUUGUGCAAUGAGGAUUGCCCAUCUGUGCCAAUUGGCAGAAGCCCUCGUACUGACGUCCUUCUAAAAGCAGAGAAUGUUGUUCUUGAGGCAGGAGGCUGUGUCCUCAGGCUAGCAGGACUCUAUAAAAUAGAUAGAGGUGCUCAUUUUUUUUGGUUGAGGAAAGGAACUUUGGACACACGACCAGAUCAUAUUAUCAAUCAAAUUCAUUAUGAGGAUGCUGCUUCCCUUGCAAUUGCCAUAAUGAAAAAGGGACACAGGGGUCGAAUCUUUUUGGGCUGUGACAAUAAGCCUCUUUCCAGGCAAGAAAUAAUGGACUCUGUUAACAGAAGUGGAAAAUUUGACACGAAGUUCCAAGGUUUUACUGGUACAGAUGGUCCACUGGGUAAGAAGAUGGAGAAUUCGAGAACUCGUUCUGAGAUUGGUUGGGAGCCCAAGUAUCCAAGCUUCACAGAAUUCCUUGGUCUUGACAGUUGACAUGCUUGUGUAUGCUUGCAAAAAUCUUCAACUCUAAAUGAACAGCAACACGUUGUGAACCAGUUAUUUUGUUUUGUUUCCAUUGCGUUUUUUUUAAAAGACGUAAAUACUGUAUAUCUUGUUCUGCUAUGUGCUUAUAUCAGUUAGCGUUCUAAGUCUGACCGUUGUACAAUGGUUUCGGCCAGAGAAAUAUUUCCACCCGUGUCAUGUUGGCCUCGUUCUGGUCCGUCCAACAUCUAUUUGUCUCUUUGUAACCACAUUUGUUAUGAAAACUUGGUUUCCUUUCA